UCAAUUCGUAAAGCCAUGUUGUUAGGCUCGCGUUUAAUUCAAGUAUUUGCACUGUGCGUUGGUCUGCUGCUAAUCGCUGUAAAAAGUAUUGAAGCUAAACAAUCAACUGAGAAUCUACAAUGUGACUCUGCAUUCUGGUCAAAUGUACACAGACAAUCAGAACUUUACAUUGAUGUGUAUGAGAAACCUUGUGAUGACUUUUGGGAAUAUGCCUGUGGCAAUUGGCGUGCUUCUUCCCAGCUAAGAUUUGCUAAACCCUCUGAUACUCUGACUACUAUCAAGGCUUCAAAUAAACAUUUGCUGUUGCAAUAUUUCGAUGAGGUGGACAAGGGCAGGCAGAUCAAUGCCACCGAACAAAGAGUGGCUAGUUUUUAUAAAUCUUGCCUGGACAAAAGAGCUUUCAAGUCCAAAACCCAAGAUGAACAGGCCAUACGAGUGUAUACCGACAUUCUAAAGAAUAUAACCAUUAACUGGCCCAUUUUGCAAAGAAACUUUACUACUAACAACAUCGAUAAAUUGUUCAAUUGGGAACAAGUAGCAGCUGAAAUGCGUAGAUAUGGUGCCCAGGCUUUUAUAACCAGCAAAAUACAACCAAAUUGGCAAAAUUCUCAGCAACUAAUAUUCUACAUAAUGCCUCCCUCCUUUGAGUUUCUCAAAGCCCGGCAAUCGGACAACACUUUUGAUGAGGAAUCCGAGUUCCUAUAUAAACGCUACAUUAAGCUGCUGAUGAUGGAUUUGAAUGUAAGGGUAAGAAAAGCCAAUCAAAUUGCUGAGGAAAUUAUAGAAUUUGAGAAAUCUUUAAUGGCUUUGGUAAACAAUGAUCGCUCAGUGGUUUUGAAAGAACCUCAAACCUUAUCCUCUUUGGCAGCUGAAAUACCGGAUAUAGAUCUUUUAAAAUAUUUCAAUACUUUAAUGCAGGAUUUUAAUUUACCAGCAGACUAUGCAGACACUGUACUCAUAGUGGCCGAUCAAAAUUAUUUAAGGCAAUUGGCUCGUUUUCUUAAAACCUCUAAUGCUGAGAUUAUAGCCAAAUAUUUGUUGGUGCAAUUUUUGGCCCAUUUUGAGGUUAAUUUGCAUGAAGAGUAUAGUUUUAUUAAACAGAAAGAGGAGUGUUUAAUGCAGCUCAAUGAUUUUAUGCCCUCCGAGUUGUCACAUUUGUUUUUGCAGCUGCGACAUGGCAGCGCUGAGGAGUUCUUACUGCAAACUGAGCAGCAUUUAACAAAAAUCUUUAAUAAUUUGAAGCAGCAAUUUGAAAAACUUUUAAAUAACUCGGCCGUAUUCGAACGGGAUCCAGCCACUAAGAUCUUGAGCAGGGAAAAAUUAAGAGCCAUGCGAUUACUGCUGCCCUCUUUGGAAAUACCCAGCAAAGAGGAUCUACAGUUUGAGGUAGCAGACAAUUAUGAUGUGAACCAGAUAAAUUUGUACAAAUUGAAAACAACCAAACAGUUAAACAAAACCAUAGCGCAUAUGGUAAAAGAUGCCAGUUCUAUAUUAAAGGAGACAAAACUUUCGCUGACUUCUUUGCAUAGAGAUCAAUCGUAUGGUCCUUUGGAUGUGAAUGCCUAUUAUCGCUUAAAGAAAAAUGCCAUUGAAUUGCCGUUGGGUAUCUUGCAAGCUCCUUUGUAUGAUCAGUGCCUGAAACCGGCCAAAAUUUAUGGUGGUUUGGCCUAUAUGUUGGCCCAUGAGAUAUUGCAUGGUUUUGAUUAUGAUGGCUUGAAUUAUGACAAAUUGGGCAAUGUGGCCAAUGCCUGGGGUAUUAAGGCCAUUAUUAAAUUUGGUGUCAGAUCAAAUUGUUAUCUCAACGAGCGUUAUGAUAAUGGCCAUGUUACCAUCAAUGAAAAUAUUGCCGAUUCUGAGGGCUUGAGAUUGGCUUUGGAAACAUUUUUGGACAGCGAAAUGGAUGAAACGUUUGAUCAGGAAGAUUUGAAAUUAUUUUUCCUAAGCUUUGCCCAAACCUGGUGCGGCAAUAGUGGCAGUGAUAAGACACAAAUUAAUUUACAUGCUGGUCACCGGGAAAGAGUCAAUAAUGUUUUGGGUAAUUUCAUGGAAUUCGCUGAUGUUUAUAAAUGUCGUCCCGGCAACAGAAUGCAUCCCGAGGAGAAGUGUAGAAUAUGGUAGUUAUAUGUAUUGUGAUUAAAAUUAUGUGAUUUAUUUAAAGGCCAUUUAAUAAAGGUUUUACUAAAACUAAAUAAAUAUUAAAACAAA